AUGUCAUGCCUUCCUCGCACGCGGCACAUAGCUCCAAGCAGGAUCACUGUGCUUUUACCACGCGGAGACGCUCUUGGCUCGACGCGUUUUUCAAUCUUGAAAGAUUCUUGUGCGACGUUCUCCUCUGCCAGGCGGAUCAUGAGGCCGGCCGGUGAAAGCAUUGACCUUUUCAACUAUACAGGUGGAAGAUGGCUUCGUCAGGACGCGCUAGAGAGAGAUGCACGCCAUGUACAGUUUGAUUUCGACGCACUACGUCGCAGGAUCAUCGCGCUCUGUCCUGGUGCCAGAUCUGUUACUUCGUAUAGCAAGAAGGAAGGAGGCUUUAAUCGGGUGUUUAUAUUUCACACAGAUAACGCUAAACGUCUCGUCGCAAGACUGCCCUUUCUAGUGGCAGGACCGCGACAGCUGACUACCAAUUCUGAAGUCGCAACAAUCCAGUUCUUACAAAGAAAGACCAGCAUCCCUAUCCCGAAGAUACUAGAGUGGAGCGACGACGCUUCUAAUACCAUCGGUAGCGAGUAUAUCAUUAUGGAACAUGCGCCAGGGAUUUCGCUACACGAAAAAUGGCCAACGAUGAGCUUACACGAUCAAAUCCAGUGUAUACAAGCGAUAAUUCAAAAAUUAGAAGAGGUUGUCGACCUCGACUUCCAGGCUUACGGCAGCUUAUGCUUCGCGGAUAUCUCAUACAUCGCCGCUUCAAAGCUACUACCACUCGACCAGGAAUUUACCAUUGGCCCUCAUUGUGGAGCUCGGUUUUGGGACAACCACGUUGGACAGUCCAGGUACUCUCACAAUGUUGAUUCCAACCAAGGCCCCUGGCUUGACCUUGUUGCGUAUUGUGACGGUCUCGUGGACACUGGGAUUGCCAAACUUCCCCCAGCCGACGCGGCUCCACAACGGCCACGCUACCGUGGGUCCGUCGAAACACAUCGUCGACUACUCGAACACAGUCGCGCAGUACUAAGCAAAAUGGCAACAGAUUAUCGUGUUCGAAAGGCAGCUGUUCCGGUAAUGUUCCAUCCCGAUCUGCACAAACGGAACAUCUUCGUCUCAGAAGAAGAUCCCUCCGUUGUCACAGCUAUAAUUGAUUGGCAAUCGACUAGCAUCGAACCAGCGUUCUGGUACGCAGACGAAGUACCGGACUUCGCGCAGCCCAUUCCCGAUCGUGUAAACGAAGAUCGCAUAGAGCCUAAGAGCGAGGCGUGUGCCCAAGCGUUCAACGCCUGUGUUUCAUUGCUGGCCCCAAAGCUAGCAACUGCCAGAUCAAUGGACGAAGCCUUCUUCCGGCCAUUUCGCUAUUGCUAUCGAACGUGGGAAGAUGGGGCCGUUGCUUUCCGCGAGGAACUCAUUCAAACAUCGCUUCACUGGAAAGAGCUUGGUCUUGGGGGAUCAUGUCCGUUUCCUCUACCCUGUCCUAACGAACUCGUACACCAUCAGCAGGACUACAAGCGCUUUGAAGCAGCCCAGCAGCUGAAGCACAGCCUAUCAGGAUUGCUUAAUACUGCGCCUGACGGCUGGGUUCCCUCCGAACAAUGGGAAGCGACAAAGCUGGCGCACAAGGAAACGUAUGCAGGAAUUUUGCAGGAAGUGUUAGUAAACGAGCAGCUGGACGAUGACGAGCCAAUCAAAAGCGAAGACGACCUGAAAGAGAUCUGGCCGUUUGACUUGCAGAUAUGA